AUGAAAAUGAAUCCGAAAGUUCUACAGCUCCCCCCCAUGGUUUCAUUCCCAGACAAAGAUUGGUGUCAUAGUAUAUCUGAUGAAGAGUGGGAAGUUUACUUUAAUUCUUGGAUCUUCCUCGCAGAAGCCCAUCUAUCAAACUCAGAUUUUCUAAAGAUUUCAACAAGGGAUAGUUCUGUCAAGAAUUUUAUCGUCUCGUACGUUACUCAGACUGCACUAUUAGAUGAAUUAUUUUUUUCGAAAUUUUCGGAAAAGUUGGAAUUAUUACGAAAAAUAUGUUUUUGCAUUUGCUACAAGUUAUUAGAGCUCAAAAUUCCGCCACCAGAAUUAACGUGCUGGGAUUUCCUUGCAGAUGCGAGUAAAGUUUUUGGUCGCAUAAAUGGAAAAAAACUUGUGAAGCUUGUCAACGAAGAGAAUCAUUCUUGCUAUGAAACCACAUUGACACAAUUAAAAGCUCUCCUUAUAAAGGAAUUAAAUACUGGAAUCAAAGGCAACUUAGUAAAGCUUGAAUCAAAUCUCAAAAGGUCAAAUUACCUUCAUUCCGUAUCCCCAGAAGCAGCCCAAUUCUUAAUGGCAGGGAGUGACUAUGCAGAUGCCCUCAUUAGCUGUUAUAAGAUCAUGAACCCCCCUUUACGCCGGAUAAUCCUCUCAAAUAUGUACAUUUGUCUUAUCGGUUUAACGAGAGGGGAGACCCCCAUGAUUUCAGCUCUACUCGACCAGCUGUACCUGCUGAAAGAGGCCGCCGAAGCCCAUUCGACAGGACCUCUUAAUGCCAAUGAUUCACUUGUAUCCGAACUAGUUACUGCAACGCCAAUUUUGCGAAGUAUUAAACAACGAAUUAAAGAAACAGGUUCUGGACUAAAAAGAGCAGAAUCAAUCUUGUCCUCCUUGGAAAAGUUUCGAAAAUCUAGUCGCAAUGCUAACUCACAAAGUUUUACAAAAAGUAAAAAAACCAGAAAACCACAAAAUAUCAUGCCGGAUAACCAGUCAAUUGUAAAUGACCAGGUAGACUUUGACCAGAUAGUUUUGAUAUCUCAAAUACAGGAUCUUUUCCCAGAUCUUGAAUCUGAUUUUGUUGUUAAACUUCUCGUUGAGUAUGAUAAUAACGUCGAAGUUAUUACAUCUCAUCUACUAGAGAAUUCUAUCGCAGCUCAUCCAGGACAAUUAAACGCAAGUGAGACGCGAAUUGAUAGACAAGAGCUAGCCUCGUAUCAAAAUGCAACUAUGAAUCAAUCUUCUUAUCAGAGAAGUACACGACGCAAUAUCUAUGAUGGCGAUGACCUCGAUCAGUUAGCAGUUGAUCCUUCUCGACUUCAUUAUGGUCGCCGUAAUGACCCCAGAACUGCUGAAAUGCUGCUCAAUGAUCGAGCUUUAGCUCCCAGUAAAGCAACUAUAUUUAAUACACUGGCAGCAUUCAAUUUAGAUGAUGAUGAGAGAGAUGAUACCUACGAUAUCUCCGAUGUCGGAGGGCUGGUUGAAUCAGCCAAUCUAGGAGACAAUUUGGAAGGGAGCUUCACCAGGGCAUCAUCGUCUAAAAUUUCUCCUAGCUCUACUGAUGAAAUCCUGUUUCGAGCAUAUAAGGCGAAUGCGCAGCUCUUUCAACGUGAUGCAGCCACAAGGCGAGGAGAACCAAGGAAAAAAUUGAAGCAGCAGGUUGCGCUGACGGACCAAGUGAUUGAAGGGUGGGCAAUUAUGCUGCCACGUAAUCCACAGCUAUUACUACAAUUGGAAGCUGGGUAUGAUAAACCUUCAGAUAUCGAAAGAAUCGUGAAAGAACCCGCCUGGAAAGUAAAAGAGGACUCUCAAUCAUUGGAGCAUCGUCCUCAGAACGAAAAUGGAUUUAAUCUAAAUUCUAAUGAGGCUCAGGAGCGUGGAAGUAGAAAUAGAAGUGACGUUUCUGGUGCACCCGGCGAAAAGAGAACUGAAAGAGCUAGGAGAGGGAAAGAAGUUGACAAAGGCUCGAGGGCGAACCAUAAUCGAAGAGAUCAACGGGCAAGAAAAAUGGCACGAGGAGGGUUUCCUAGCUGA